UACAACCCACACAACAUUAAACAAACCAAUUAAAAUCAGUUGGUUUGUACUGCCCUCUUGCAGCUUAAGUCCCACCCGCUUGCAGCUGGCUCCGACCUCCGUUUAUACCCAUCUCAACGUCUGAGCAAUCAUGGCGAAAAGCACUAAGGAGCAUCUGGAGGAUACUUUUAAUGACCUAGCAACGGACGAGUUUAAGAGGUUUAAAAACAAACUGUGCGAUCGGAAGAAAGAAGCGGGAAUCCGAAAAGCUAAACUCGAAAAAGUUGCCGACGCUAUAGAUCUCGCCGAAUUAAUGGUGAACACUUUCACAUCUGGUGGUGCUGUUCCUGUAGCGAUCGAAAUUUUAGAGGCUAUUGGCUGUAAUGAACAAGCAGCGGAGCUCAAAGAGAACGCGGGACACAGUGUACCUGUGGCUCAGUCACGUGGGGAUGUAGUAGACUAUGGAGCAGGUCAGGGUCUGAAGGUUGAGCUUGCUCUGUCAGAUGAUUGGCAUAAACAAUUGCAUGUUGUUUUAUGCAGCCAAGAAUUUAAAAACAAAAUUCUAAAAGAAAAGGGACAGGAGAUUUACAGAUUAAAAGAAAAGUAUGGAAGAACACGUCUUGCCCUGCUGAUCAAUAACAUAGAUUUCAAUGAUAAGGCUAUGACAAGGAGAGGGGCAGACAGAGAUGAAGAAAACAUGGAAUGGCUGUUAAAGGAGCUGGAUUAUCAAGUUGUCAAGUACAAAAAUCUCUCUGCAAAGGACAUGGAGAAAGCAGUCAAGGACUUUGCUCGACGUGAAGAACAUGCACAUUCAGACAGCACCUUUGUGGUCAUAAUGUCCCACGGCAAAAGGGAUGCCAUAUUAGGUGUCCAAUAUACAGCAUCCAAUCCCUCUGAUACCUUCCCGGUUGAUCACAUCUACCGCUGUCUGAACACUGAGAAUUGUCCAGGUCUGCGAGAUAAACCAAAGGUUAUUCUUAUCCAAGCCUGCAGGGGAGGGGACAGUGGACGCAUGUGGGUCAGUGAUGGCGAGCCUGAUGAGCCAUUGGAUAUAGAGGGCGAUGACUUUGCGCACAAAGAGAAAGACUUCAUUUCUCUGAUGUCCUGCACCCCGGACACCAAAUCUUACAGGCAUGUUGAGAAUGGAACAUUUUAUGUCCAAAACAUUGUGGACGUGUUAAUGAAACAUGCACAUGAGGAUCACAUCGACGACCUGUUCCGAAAGGUUAUUCAACGCUUUGAAAGCUCAGAAAUGAUGGGGUGCUACAGGCAAAUGGCAUGUAAAGACAGAGCGUCGCUGCCAAAGUGGUUCUACCUGUUCCCCGGACUCUGAUGUUCAAGCUGUACUGAUAUUCAAGCUAUACAUGUUUGUGAAUUUUAUAGAUCCUCAUGUGCCUUUGAAUCUCCAAUGUAGUCUGAACAGUCUGAAAAAUGGUCUUUGCAAAAGAAACAAGAAAGUAAUUGUAGUUUUUAGUAAUUGUUUCCAAAUAAAUUGAUGGCUUAGAUGUAUUUCCUCUGCAGAGAAAACCUGUUCUGAUACAUAAAAGUCCUGUCCAAACAUU